AUGACAUUAGUAUCAGUACGUUCAAAACAAUUGGAAACUUCUCUUAAAAAAUACAGUGUAAAGUGUUUUGAUUUCUCGGAAUUUAGUGAUCUCGUAACUGUUGGUGGUGGAGGUUAUGGAGUCGUAUAUUCGGCCACUUUUCAAGGACAGACAUAUGCAUUAAAAAGCUUGAAUAAUAAUUUAAAUUUCGGUGAUAAGGAGUUCAAGCAAUUCAAACGUGAGGUAAGUGAACCUGAUAAGAUUAAUUUAGAGCGAAAACCUGAAGCUCAAAAUGAUAUUAAUAUUGUUUUAUAUAUUUUAGAUCAUCUGGUACUAAGCAGUGAACCUGAUGAGAUUAAUUUGGAGCAAAAAUCUGAAGUACUGAAUAGUUUAGAAACUCAAAAUGAUAUUAAUAUUGUUUUAUAUAUGUUAGAUCAUCUGGUACUAAACAGUGAAUCUGAUAAGAUUAAUUUAGAGCAAAAACUUGAAGAAACUCAAAAUGAUAUUAAUAUUGUUUUACAUAUUUUAGAUCAUUUGGUACUAAGCAGUGAACCUGAUGAUAUUAAUUCAGAACAAAAAAACAAUGUAAACUACAAACCAAAGCCUGAAGAAAAUAUAAUUGCCGUUGCAGACGUUACGGAGGAAAUUACAAAAGAGGUUUAUACAUCUAAUGUGAUCAAAAGUAGAGAAAACAUUAGCUGUUAUACUUAUUAUACUCCAAUUAUCGCUACAAUAUCUGGUCUAAUUAAAGAGAUUAUAAAAAUAUAUGAGAAAGCACAAUUUAAUAAAAAAAUUUGUAAUUCCCUACUUGAUCGUGCAAAAUCAGCAGAAGCAGCCAUGAAUACUUUACAACGAAGAAAGCAUGAGAAUGAGGAAAAGUUUC